GACAUUUCGUCAAACUCAUAAAAAGAUAACAUACACAUGUAUUUCAGUGUAUAGGCUUCCUAAUCCAGCAUGACAGAGAGCUCGAAAUACAUACAAGUGUUACAAGACGAGACUUUACGGAAAUCUUUACCUGGUCGAUUCAAUCACAAUCGUCACCCGCGUGUUUUUGCAAGUUACAAUCUGGAAGUCAUAUACGAGUGCCGAUUUUGAUUUGAUAAACUUACCAGAAUCCGGCUAAAAUGAAAUUCGGAAAAUCAGUAAGAAUUUCGGCCAUGUUGGUGUUAACCGGCGGAUUCUUCCUGGUGGAAUUAGUUGUCGGAUACGCCACGAAUUCCAUGGCACUAGUUGCCGAUUCUUUUCACAUGUUAUCCGAUGUUAUGGCGUUGGUUGUUGGGCUUUUUUCCGUGCGGAUUGCCAAGAAAACAUCGGAGAAAAAUACAUUUGGUUGGGCCAGAAUGGAAGUCCUGGGAGCAUUAGUUAAUGCGGUGUUUUUGUGUGCGCUGUGUUUCUCCAUCUUUAUUGAAGCCAUCCAGCGAUUUACGGAGGAUGUUAAGGUCGAGAACCCAGAAUUGGUACUCAUCGUGGGCGGAGUCGGAUUGGCCGUUAAUCUUAUCGGAUUGGUCCUAUUUCACGAUCAUGAUCAUCAUGGACAUGGUCACUCGCACAUUCACAGUCAUACGGAUGGGGACAUUCACACCGAAGAUUUAAUGGUUCAGUCCGAUGGUCAAACUACGACAGUUGCGGUCGCACAUGACCAGAGUCACCACGACCAUGGCCACCACCACGGCCACGGUCAUGACCAUCACCACGAUCAUUCAGACAAGAAGCCCAAUGGGAAAGGAAAAAGUGGAUCACAGAUGAACAUGCAUGGUGUUUUCUUGCAUGUUGCCGGUGAUGCACUGGGAUCGGUGAUCGUCAUGGUUGCCGCUUUGGUCAUCUGGCUGACUGACUGGGAUUACCGACACUACAUUGACCCCGCACUGAGUUUAGUCAGCGUGAUAGUCAUCCUGUCCAUGACGAUUCCAUUACUUCGGUCAUCGGCACUAAUUCUGUUGCAAACCGUUCCACUGCAUAUGAAGGCGAAGGAUGUCAAAGCACGCUUAGAAAAGGUUGAUGGUGUUCUUGCUGUACACGAAUUGCAUAUUUGGCAAUUAGCCGGCAGCAAGAUUGUCGCAUCUGCACAUAUCUGGUGUCGGGAUUACCAGGAAUACCAGCGUGCGGCGAACCGCAUUAAACAAUUUUUCCACAACGAAGGAAUCCAUUCUACCACAAUACAGCCGGAAUUUGACGAUGUGGGCAGCAAUUACCAAGACAACAUCAGAUUAGACCCGGCAUUUUGUGGUAUCACCUGUCCAGAUUCGGAUGAUAAAUGCGUCCAGGAUCGCUGCUGUCAGCCAUCUCCAAUGCGAACUCCAGUAGCACUGCGCCAUUCAUCUUCCGACGGCAACAUCUCUACACGCCGCUCACUGUCCGGUAGCACCGGACCGAACGCCGUAUCCGUGAAAUAUCUCGCUCCGCCGGCGCCGAUGCAACUGAACGUGCGGAAUCUGCCUCAGACACCCCCAUCUGAAAAUCACACACCGAUAUCGAUAAGGUCACAAGGAAGGCGCAACAGUGGAUAUUCGGACGAUGGACACGAAGAGCGUCUUUGACACACAAUGCCUGGCCUUAAGGGAACGAGUGACCUUGCACUCUGUUUAAAUUUUAUAAAUUACAACUUUCUAACGCUGCCAGUUGAGUGUUUUUCAAAUAUAUGGUUUCAAUAGCAAACCAGCCGCAACUGUCUGUGAUAAUUACCUAUUACUGUUAUGGUAAAGUGCAGCCAUUACUGUAUUUUAACUCGAAUUCGUUAAAAUACAGAUACACGUACGUACCGCACGACGCACGUGUGGUUAUUAAAUUAAAUUACGGUACA